CGGGCGUGGCCACAGGUGAGCCAGCUCCCUAGGCCUGGAGCACAGCUUUCACUGCCCCUGAGCGUCUGCCUGCCUUUCUCUUUGCAGAGCUUUUCCCAGAAUACCAGCAGCUCAAGGCCCAUGAUGGAUGCCCUGAGACUGGCAAAUUCAGCUUUUGCUGUUGACUUGUUCAAACAGCUAUGUGAGAAGGAGCCAGUGGGAAACAUCCUCUUCUCUCCAAUAUGUCUCUCCACUUCCCUGUCGCUUGCUCAAGUAGGUGCCAAAGGUGACACAGCAAAUGAAAUUGUUCAGGUUCUUCAUUUUGAGAACAUCAAAGAUGUACCCUUUGGGUUUCAAACAGUCACUUCUGAUGUUAAUAAGCUCAGUUCCUUUUACUCCUUGAAACUCAUCAAGCGACUCUACAUAGACAAAUCUCUGAACCCUUCUACAGAAUUUAUCAGUUCUACAAAAAGACCAUAUGCAAAAGAAUUGGAAACUGUCGACUUCAAAGAUAAACUGGAAGAAACGAGGGGUCAAAUUAACAGCUCUGUUAAGGAGCUCACAGAUGGCCACUUUGAGAACAUUUUAUCAGAGAACAGUAUAAGUGACCAGACCAAAGUCCUUGUGGUUAAUGCUGCCUACUUUGUUGGAAAGUGGAUGAAGAAAUUUCCUGAAUCAGAAACAAAAGAGUGUCCAUUCAGAGUCAAUAAGACAGACACCAAACCGGUACAAAUGAUGAAUCUAGAGGCCACGUUCUGUUUGGGCAACAUCGAUGAUAUCAACUCUAAGAUCAUAGAACUCCCCUUCCAGAAUAAGCACCUCAGUAUGCUGAUUGUGCUACCCAAGGACGUGGAGGACGACUCCACUGGCCUAGAAAAGAUUGAAAAACAACUCAACCCAGACACACUGUUGCAGUGGACCAACCCCAGCACCAUGGCCAAUGCCAAAGUCAAACUCUCCCUCCCAAAGUUUAAGGUGGAAAAGAUGGUUGAUCCCAAGGCUAGUCUGGAAAGCCUGGGACUGAAAAGUCUCUUCAAUGAAAAUACAUCUGAUUUCUCUGGAAUGUCAGAGACCAAGGGAGUGGCCCUAUCAAAUGUGAUUCACAGGGUAUGCCUAGAAAUAACCGAAGAUGGUGGCGAGUCCAUUGAGGUGCCAGGAUCCCGAAUCUUACAGCACAAGGAUGAGUUCAAUGCUGACCACCCAUUUAUCUAUAUCAUUAGACACAACAAAACACGAAACAUCAUUUUCUUCGGCAAAUUCUGUUCUCCUUAAGUGACAGGGCUCUGCCAAGUCUCAGAUAGCUUGUCUGUAGUUGCAGAUCUCUGUAAACUUUGUACUCAGACAAACAUUUUCUAUACAAUAAAUUGUUAAUUUUGCUGAAUCACGAGGCAUCCAGUACUUGUCAUGUGCAGCCUUCACACUAACAGAUACUUCUUUUCCAGUUCCUCCUUAUUUUCCUUUGUCAAAGAAAAAUGGCACAUGUUUGUAAUGAAAGGGAAUCAAUCACCUUUGCAGAAAAUGUGUGUUCUUCAUUUGUCAAAGCAUCUAGAGCUAGUAACAAAAAUGCAGCAUUCUACAAGAGAAUUCCUGUAAGUAUGAUGUAGAGGCCAUUAUCCUCCGAACUUCACCUUUCUUCACUGAGAUAAAGAAUAACUUCUGCUCACAUAUUGUAGACAUUUUCACGCUUUUAAAGCCUUAGGGAACUUUAGAGUAUGGGGCCUACAAGAGUAUCAUUUUCCAGUGAAAUUUUAUAAUGCUGUGGGUCUAGAAGUUUUCAUGUUAAAACCCAAGAAACAGUUUUUUCAAGAUCUUAAUGGGAAAUUUUAGAAAGAUGACACAUUUUAAAUACUAUAGAUUAUGGAACUCUACAAAUAGGGUCUGGAAUAUCGCCCUGUAACUGCCCCCCUUUUUCUUUUUUGGGUUUUCUAGACAGGGGUUCUCUGUAGUUUUGGAGCCUGUCCUGGAACUUACUCUGUAGACAAAGCAGGCCUCAAACUCAAAAAGAUCCACCAUACUUUGCCUUCCGAAUGCUGGGUUAAAGGCAUGCACUACCACUUCCCAGCUCACCCUGUACACCAAUACUUUAAUAUUUAUGCCAAAAUAUAGACUACUCACACAAUAUAGCUACAUAUAGUUUACAAGUGAUCACAUUUUUCCAAAAAAAAUGAGUAAUUUGUCAGCUCAUGGAAACACUUUGCAGAACAUUCUAGAUCUUGGGGUGUUGAAUAAAGAAUUCUGGGCCCAUUUUAGCUAAAGACUAAGACCCAAGGGGGAAGCUCAUUGACUUUUCUUUUUCCUAGCUGCCCUACCUGGUCAUUUGGGUGGUGUGGUUGCUGGCAGGGCUUCUAGCCAGAUCACAAGGUUCUUGACAUCUUCAACCCCAGCAACUUAAAAUCUACAGGGAUUCUCUUGAUAAGAGAGUUUUGUGGCUGUUGCAGGAAAUUUCCUCUUUGUUUAAUGAGGCAGUGGGAAAAUGGAAGGGAUCCCAAACCUUCAGAAAAUAUAAGUAAAACCAAGGACCCAUGAUGCUUUGGCAAUUUUUUUUCAAAUCUAACUAUUUGAUAGCAGUUUGUAAUCUACACAAAAAAAUUAUAAAAUGGUUCGGGUAAGUUAGUUGUGUUGCUACUUAACCCAGUGUUUUAACUCAACCCCAGAAGGAAGUAUUUGCUGUGGUCUUUCUUAUAUGUCCCCCCUUUUAAUUCGUUGCCAUUUAUUGUAAAUAAGGUUCUUUUUCUUCUGAAGGCUAAAUGGUGAC